AUGGCCGAACAAGCCGUGGCUUACACUCCCCUGGAGGUUCCCAUUCCUCCCGUGCCUACCAAGGAAAUCUUCUCCGAACUUCAAUGGGCCACUCUGAUGUCAAUCGCGGAUACGGUUAUCCCAUCGAUUCGUGGCCCGAACGCUCCUAAAUCGUUUACUACCAAAGUGAUUCCGCAGGCUCAGUUCGAUGCCAGCCUCUCAUCAUUAACUGCUAGCAUUCCCGGCUCCGAUGCAACUUCCCUGGCAACACAAUACCUGGAAGAAAAUGCCUCGUCGAAUCCUCGUUUCCGGCCGGGGCUACAGCGCCUUAUCUCCGAGUAUGUCCAUGAGGAAGGCAGGAAUGGCCUUGGCUUCAUAUUGAAUACUCUAAACUCGAAAGCUGGUUCAUUGAUUUUGACGGGAUCAACUACCCCUAUACAGGACCAGCCGUUCCAUGUCCGGGAGAGAAUAUUUUGCAGCUGGGAAACAUCGAGGCUAAAGCCUCUGCGCGUCAUCUACCGAGCACUUUCAGCCAUUUGCAAGAGGACAUGGCUUACUUAUAGCCCGACGCUCUGCCCGACAAUUGGAUUCCCCCGUGUCCCAGUGCACGGAAGUCCCGCCGAUGGCUUCGAGUACGAAUUUCUGCAAUUCCCGUCGGGGGAUGGACCCGAGACAAUCGAGACAGACGUAGUCAUUGUCGGAAGCGGCUGUGGAGGUAGCGUAACUGCCAAGAACCUUGCCGAAGCAGGUUAUAAGGUUGUGGUGGUCGAAAAAGCCUACCAAUACUCAACAAAGUACUUCCCGAUGAAUUUUAGUGAAGGAUCGGUGAGUAUGUUUGAGGGUGGGGGUGCUGUCUCAACCAAUGAUGGUUCAAUCGGGAUCUUCGCCGGUGCAACCUGGGGAGGUGGUGGCACAAUCAACUGGUCAGCGGCGCUUCAGACACAGAACUAUGUUCGUGAGGAAUGGGCGAAAGGCGGUUUGCCAUUUUUCACAUCGCUAGAGUUCCAAAAUUCUCUGGAUCGCGUGUGUGAGCGGAUGGGUGUCAGCGCUGAUCAUACGACUCACAACAAGCAGAACCGUGUUCUGCUGGAAGGAGCGCACAAACUAGGCUAUGCAGCGAACCCAGUACCGCAAAACACCGGCGGCACUGAGCAUUAUUGUGGCCAUUGCACGAUGGGGUGCCAUUCGGCGGGCAAGAAGGGCCCCACGGAAUCGUUCCUGGUGGAUGCUGCCCAUGCUGGAGCCACCUUCGUGGAAGGCUUCCGUGCAGAGAAAGUCCUGUUCACUGAGACCAAGGGCGGCAGGGUGGCUUCGGGUGUGGAGGGUACAUGGACCUCGCGGGACGCAUACCUCGGUGUCUCCGGAGUGGGCGCCGUGAAGCGCAAGCUGAUCAUCAAAGCCAAGCGGGUUGUCGUCUCUUGUGGCACGCUGCAAAGCCCCCUCCUGCUGUUGCGCAGUGGCCUCAAGAAUCCACAGAUUGGUCGAAACCUUCACCUACAUCCAGUCGUUAUCUCGGGAGCCGUGUUUGACGAGCAGACUCGUCCGUGGGAAGGGGCCGCCCUGACAGCCGUUGUCAAUGAAUUUGAGAACCUCGACAAACAAGGCCACGGCGUCAAGAUCGAAUGUCUCACGAUGUUGCCCCCAGCAUUCCUUCCGGCCUUUCCCUGGCGGGACGGGCUGGAGUGGAAGCGAUUUGUGGCUAAGCUGCCCCACAUGGCCGGCUUCAUCACCCUUACGAAGGAUCGGGACAGCGGCCGUGUAUACCCGGACCCGGUCGAUGGACGACCCCGGGUUGACUAUACGGUUUCUGCCUUCGACCGCAAGCAUAUUCUCGAGGCACUUGUAGCCACUGCGAAGAUGGCGUACAUCUCCGGGGCCAAGGAGUUCCACACCUCGAGCCGCGAAAUCCCGCCUUUCAUCCGGCCCGAGGAUGCAUCGGACGCUGCGUCGGCCGAGGGCACGAACAAUGCUGCCCUUCAGGCGUGGAUUGCGGAGGCCCGGAGCAAGACGCUCGACCCUGAGAAGACUACAUUUGCGGCGGCGCACCAGAUGGGUACCUGUCGCAUGGGCAGCUCCCCGCGGACCAGCGUGGUGGACCCUGAUUGCCAGGUCUGGGGUACGCGCGGAUUGUAUGUGGUCGACGCAUCAGUAUUCCCCAGCGCCAGUGGCGUCAAUCCCAUGGUCACCAACAUGGCGAUCGCCGAUUGGGCCAGUCAGAACAUUGCCAGGUCGUUGGGCAAGGAGGGAGGUGUCAUGGCACGUCUUUGA